CCGGGACGCCCCCGGCGGCCCCGUGUGAUGCUGAGCGCGGCGGCGGCGGCGCCGUUCCCGGUAGCGCGUGGGUUCGGUGCGGGGCGGGAUCCCGGGGGGAGCCACCGGGAAUGUCCGCCCCGGUGCAGCCCGCGGUUCCCGGCUCCUUUCAGAGCCCCCGGAGGCUCCCGAAGCGCAAGAGCCGGUUCAAGCGCUCGGACGGCAGCACCUCGUCCGACACCACCUCCAGCAUCCUCCGCAGGCAGGGCUCGGCCGACUCCUACACCAGCCGCCCCUCGCUCGACUCCGACGUCUCCCUGGACGAGGAGCGCGAGGGCACGCGGCGCGAGGUGGAGAACCAGGCCCAGCAGCAGCUCGAGAGGGCCAAGCACAAGCCGGUCGCCUUCGCCGUACGCACCAAUGUCAGCUAUUGUGGGGCGCUGGACGAGGAGUGCCCCGUGCAGGGAGCUGCCAUCAACUUCGAAGCCAAAGAUUUCCUGCACAUCAAGGAGAAAUACAGCAAUGACUGGUGGAUCGGGCGCCUAGUGAAGGAGGGGGGGGACAUCGCCUUCAUCCCCAGCCCCCAGCGCCUGGAAGCCAUGAGGCUCAAGCAGGAGCAAAAAGCCAGGAGAGCUGGCAACGCCUCUGGCCUCGGUGACAGCGGGAACCGGCGAUCGCCUCCCCCCUCCCUAGCCAAGCAGAAGCAGAAGCAGACACAGCACAUCCCACCCUACGACGUGGUCCCCUCCAUGCGGCCCGUGGUGCUGGUGGGGCCCUCGCUGAAAGGAUACGAGGUCACGGACAUGAUGCAGAAAGCCCUCUUUGACUUCCUCAAGCACAGAUUUGACGGCAGGAUCUCCAUCACCCACAUCACAGCCGACCUCUCGCUGGCCAAGCGCUCCAUCCUCAACAACCUGGGCAAGCAGGCCAUCCUGGAGCGCUCCACCACCCGCUCCAGCAUCGCUGAGGUGCAGAGUGAGAUUGAGCGCAUCUUCGAGUUGGCCAAGUCCCUGCAGCUAGUGGUGCUGGAUGCUGACACUAUCAACCACCCAGCCCAGCUGGCCAAAACCUCCCUGGCGCCCAUCAUCGUCUACGUCAAGGUGUCCUCGCCCAAGGUCCUGCAGCGGCUCAUCAAGUCCCGCGGCAAAUCCCAGGUGAAGCACCUCAACGUGCAGAUGAUGGCAGCCGACAAGCUGGUGCAGUGUCCCCCGGAGCUCUUUGAUGUGAUCCUGGAUGAGAACCAGCUGGAAGAUGCCUGCGAGCACCUGGCCGAGUACCUGGAGGUCUAUUGGAGAGCCACACACCACCCCGCACACGCCCCCCACCCCGCGCCCUCGCCCACCGGCCUCCCGGGCCUCCAGAGCCAGCAGCUGCUGGGGGAGCGGGGUGAGCACUCGCCCCUGGAGCACGACAGCCUGAUGCCGUCGGACGAAGCCGGGGAGACCUCGCCCCAGCCUUGGGGGGCCACGUCACAGCGCAGCUCACGGCACCUGGAAGAGGAGGAAUACGGGGACCCCUACCCCGAGCUCUACCAGCCUCACCGGCACCACAACAGCGGCCUGCAGGGCGCCGGCACGCCCGACCGCCACGGCGAGCGCAACCACGACAGGAACUGGCAGCGCAGCCGGCCCUGGGCCAAGGACAGUUAUUAGGGGACACAGCUGGGAGCUGGUCCCCCCCCAAUCCCACCCCGGGCGCUCCCCACCUCGCCCCAGCCCCAUGCUGGGGGUGCUCAGACAAUCUCCCUCUCUCCGGGAUCUCUGCACCGGCAGCUUCCUCAUGCCCAGGGCCACGGGCAUGUCUUCAGCCAUAAGCACAGGCGGGGGGGGCGACCGGCCAGAAUACCCUCAGACACCCCCAGGCCCUCCGCUCGGCUCUUGGGGACAGCCACAUGCCUUCUCCCUGCCUCAGUUUCCCCACAUCGCCGGCUCAUUCCCCCCAGGGAAGUUACCAUAACCAGAAGGCAUGGCCCCCAAAAAGGCCUGUGGGGUGGGGGGGACACAGUUUUAGCAGCACCCCCCACCCCUCAGACCCAAGGAAGAAGGGGAAGGCGCCCCCCUCCCCUGCAUGGGACCCCCAGGAGGAAGGGGCCACACCACUUGCUUUGCUCUGCACCAAUUGCUCCGGUCACCGCAGCCAAAAUGCUUCCUUUCCACCCCCUCACCAGGGACGGGGGGGGCAGAGGGGGGGCGGCUGGACCCCCACACAAUGAAGGGGGGGUCGCCCCAUACCUGCACUCUCUGCCCCCCUCCCUGCCACCCCUCCCCAUGCAGCCGUCACCACAGUCCUGUAAAUACGGCACCACCGCCCUCGGCCGGGGGGGCCCGGCGUGGGGCAA